AUGGAAAGACCUAAAGAUACCAAAGAGCAAGAAGAGGAUGUGGCAUCAAGCUUUUCCUAUGCCAAAUCAGACAAUUUGAAUUUAUCGCUGGCUGAAAUGGACACAAUGUCAGAACAUGCUAAGCCAGAAUCUAUGUAUUCAGAUUCCACUCCUUCUACUAAAAGUCAUACGACCAAUACGAUCGAUCAAUCGAUAAUUUCAGAAAACUCUAAGUCGGGCUCGGGUUCUGGUUUUACUUUCAAUGGGACUCCAAACUCUAAUAAAGAGCUAAAAGGAUUCGGUCCCCCAGUGAUGCUGGGAAAAAGGUCAUCAAUGGUAUCCCAGUUAUCUGAUUAUUCGGCCAAGGGAAAUCAUAUUGCGCAACCGGUCUCAGUAAAGGUGGUGAAUCAAGACGUGAAUCCUACUGUUAGCAGAAAGUAUUACCGUUUCGACGAAAUAGAUGAUGAGCAGGAUGUUGAAGGAGGUGAUGAACAGGACCAAGCUGAAUCUGUCAACACAAUUCCCGAUGAUGCGAUUAAAUUGGGUAAGUUGAAAACAAAACCAGGUAUUACUUGUGAAAAGUUGGAACCUGAUAUGACUUUUAAUACCAAUGUUGAAAGUUCAGUUCCACCUAGAUCUUCACGCAGGCCGAAAAGUGAAGUUUUGACUACCACCAAUGAAUUGGAUAAAGAUAUCGAAAAAUUUAACAAGAACAAGGUUAAGGCUCACAACAAACGUUCAUCAAUUGCUAUAAGUGAUGAUCUUGAUAAACUCAUGGAAAGUGCCAACUCUAUUACGCUGCAAUUCUAUGUAUACAAAACUGUCGACGACAAGAUAAAGUACCAUGAGGGAAAAUCACUUUCCGAGAGAGAACAGGAAGAAAAGGAAGCAGAAUACUUAGACGAAACGGUGGGUACAGCUCAAUCGAACCAAGAUGCCGGACACAGCUCGAAUUCGUUUCUUUCAAGAGCUGUUUCUAAUCGCACCACCGAUAGCUAUCGCACUGCAGACAUAAUGGGCCCCGACCCCAUGUCCGAUAACCGUCUCCCCAAGGCAUCUUUGCCCCCAAGACCAACUGCCGAUAAUGUACAGCGAGCAAGACAGGUAUCUAACCAGAUCAGCGAACAGCAAAAGCAAGUCCAGGAUCCACUACCCCCAUCUGGCACUGCAGAAUCCCUACGUGGCACACCUGUAGCCUCACCUAAGGAUGACGACGAAUACUACGAUAUAGACGAGCCCAUGGUGCUUGAAAAGCCCGCAAGAGGUAAAUCGGUCAAAGACUCCACACGCAGCAUGAAGAAAGUUAAGCAUAAAAAGGCCAAAUCAAAGCGUGUAAGAUCCCUGUCCACUCCCGGAUUGAGGCCAUUCUCCUACCAUACAUUAAUUAACCUACUUGAGAGCACCAAUGGGACCAUUAUUGGCGAAGAAUUUGAUCAGCUAAACUUACCAAUCAAAGAAAAGCAAUUGAUCGAAAAGAUCGUUGAUUCCUUAUCUAGACUCACCUCUGACAUGGUUCUUGACGAAAAUAGAUACGACAUUGGAAUAGCUAGACUAGAAAAAGCCCAUAGGGCUCUUGAGGGUUUUAUAUAG